UCUUCCUUUUCCGAGCAGAAACGUACAAAUACCCUUCCCGUUGAAUUGCCGUUUCUCUAAGCCGCACAGUCUCAAGGGUGAGAAACACCACUGCGAAAAUUGCAAACCUAUUACUGCUUUUCUCUCGUUGAUGCUUGUUUGCCGCAUGAAGGCCAUUAAGCAUACUGGGUGCAACAGAGCUCAGGCAAAUAUUCAGUGAUGAAAAGUAGGACAUUGCCUCGUUCCCAUGAAAUUCUCAUUCUCAUCCAAAAAAUGGUGAAACUCCCACCAGAAAAAGCGCUCUUCUUCUUCAAUUGCUUAACCAACCAAGGUGUUAGUCACACCCACCAAUCGAUAUCCUUCAUCUUAAACUGUCUCCUCACCUCUGGCAUGCUAUCUGAAGCCCAAUCUCUACUUGUGCGGAUGAUCGCUGGACGAUUCUCGUGUAAGUUCUCUCCAUCUUCACCUACGGGUCAGCUAACUGAAACCUGUUACUUUUCAGAGGCAACUUGUGCCCUUCUUUAUGAAGCACUUGUUAAUGCCUAUCUUCAUUCUAAAUUACAUAAUCAAGCCCUCUAUAUCUUUAAACAGAUGAUUGACAAGGGCAUUGUUCCAAGACCAAAAACGUUCAAUAAUGUCUUGAGCUCACUUGUUAGAUCCAAUUGUUUUGGAGAAGCAUGGCAGAUUUUUAACGAAGCAAAGGGUAGGCCUAUGCUAGAUAUAUACAGCUUUGGGAUUUUGAUCAAGGGUUGCUGUGAAGCUGGUGACAUGAUUAAAGCUUUUCAACUUUUUGCUCAGUUGGAAAAGUUGGCAUGGCCUCCAAAUGUUGUCAUAUACACUACGUUGAUUAAUGGCUGCUUCAAGAAUGGUGAUUUUCAGCUGGCAAAGAAGUUGUAUUGCACGAUGCAGAAGUUGCGUCUGGUACCCAAUCCUCAUACCUACACGGUGUUAAUCGAUGGGUUUUUCAAGCAAGGGCUAAAAACCGAAGGAUUUCAAAUGUAUGGGACUAUGAAGCGCAACCAAGUUGUCCCUAAUGGUUAUACUUACAACUGUGUGAUUAAUGAACACUGCAAUGAUGGGAACAUGGACGAAGCUUUUAAGGUGUUCGAGGAAAUGAGUGAGAAAGGUGUGGCAUGUGGUGUUGUGACGUACAAUAUUUUGAUUUGUGGGUUGUGCCGGGUGAAGAGGAUCUGGGAAGCUUUGAAGUUGCUUGAUCAAGUAAACAUUGUUGGUCUACGUCCUAACGUAAUCACAUAUAACACACUAAUAAAGGGCUUUUGUGAGGCUGGAAAGAUGGACGUUGCAGUUAGACUAUUCAACAAACUGAAGACCAACGGACCAUCUCCAUCCUUAGUCACAUAUAAUACACUGAUCGCAGGAUAUGCUAGGACUGGAAAUUUAGAAAAAACUCUUCACUUAGUCAAGGAAAUGGAAGAGAGAAGCAUUGCUCCUUCCCAAGUAACAUAUACAACUAUACUUGGUGGCUUUGUAGGGCUAAAUGAGAUUGAGAAAGCAUUUGGAAUUCUUUCUUUUAUGGAAAAGUCUGGUUUGGCCUCGGAUGUUUGCACUUACAGUGUCCUAAUACACGGCUUAUGUAGCAGCGGCCGUAUGGAAGAAGCAUCAAGACUGAUCAGAUCAAUGGGUGACAAGAACUUAAAACCAAACAGUGUGAUAUAUAAUAUCAUGAUUCAUGGUUACUGCAGACAAGACAACUCUUAUAGGGCCCUAAGGUUGCUUGACGAAAUGGUGGAGAGUGGAAUGGUGCCAAACGUGGCCAGCUUCAGCUUGACAAUCAGAGUUCUUUGCAGGGAUGGGAAGUGGGAGGAAGCUGAGAUGCUUCUCAGAGAGAUGAUAAAUUCAGGAUUACAGCCUUCAGUGUCUUUGUCCAAUUUAAUUUCCCAAGCCAGAAGUGGCAUACUGAAUGCUCACUGUAGCUGAGAAUUCUUUAUUAUACUAAUGUUAACAUUCUUUGUACCGUUUCUCUGUAAACCGAAGUUAUAAUUAUGAUCAUUCGGGCCUUUUUU